AUGGGGAAAGUCAUCAAGAAGGUCGAAAAUUGUCAAGCUCAGUUACAGUUGUGGGACAAAAAUGUGUUUGGCAAUGUUCAUCGAACUUUAGCUCGGAAAAAAAUUGAGUUAGUAGAGGCAGAAGCUGACUCCAUGGCUGGUAGAGGAAAUUCUAGAUUACAAGUGCUCUCUGAUGAAAUUAAGAAGCUCAUGGACCUGGAGGAGUGUAUGUGGAAUCAACGAUCCAAGGUUGAUUGGUUGAAAUAUGGGGAUUUGAAUACGAAAUAUUUUCACUGCCGUGCAACAGAAAGAAACAAAAGAAACCUUAUAGCAGGUCUAGAAAAUGAGUUUGGAGAAUGGGUUGAAGACGAGAAUUGUAUUAGGGACAUUCUGAAUUCUUAUUUUUCUUCCCUGUUUACAACGGCAAAUCCCAAUGUCUUUGAACCAGUAUAA